AGAGUUAUCACGUGACCCUCAAAAUGGCUGACGGAGUGGAACCUCCCCCAUUCGAUAAUGAUGAAGAAGAAGUAAAAGAUGACGAUGAUUUGUUUUCUGAUGCUAAAGAAGUAAGGCUAUAAUACCUUAAGAAUAUAACUUUAAAAAUUUUAUAUAUUCUUACAUAUUUAUUUCUCCAUAAAACUAAUAAUUAAUAUACUAAAUGACUACUCAUUCGUUGUUGACUAUUUUGGCCACCGCUUCCGGCUUGUUUUAAUCUUGUUGAGUAAAUUAAUUGAAAUAUAUCAAUUAAAACUUAGCAAUAUAAUUUGUUUCUUCAAAGAAAAAUUUUGUUAAACAUCUUUUUCUGAAAAUGGGGAUUUUUAUUUUCUUAAAUUAAUUUCAUUUCAUAAAAACUGAAGCCAGACUUACUACUGUGAGCUAGCUAAGUCGACCCUAGGUAGCCUACUUUUACUUAUCCAAAAAAUAAAUAUAUAUCGAAAAAUAUUACAUUAGACUCUACUUUAGAGAAACUUCAAAAAAAAAAAAAAAUUAAACCCAGAAUCAAUUGUUAAGCUUUACUGGAACUUUUUGAGCUAGGUAACUCUUGUUUAAAUAAUUUUAUACAACAUUAAUUUUUUUAGGAUUGAUUGAUUAGGUAUUACAAGUUCUAAUUUUAACAUUAUUAAUAACACAUUCUAACAUAUCUAGCUAUGUAAUUUUAAGCCUAAGUGGCCCUAAGGCAUCCAUUAUAUAUAUAUAUGGUCUAUAAAGCAAGGCGUCUACCUAAAAAUAAUACUGGUUUGGGUCUACAUAUUUUGAAAUUUCAACUUUCGCUUAUGACUAAUUAUUUAAAGCUUUCUCUUACCGAUAGUCCCGAUAGUAAAGAAGUAUAGUAUAGCUCAUGCAUGUGACUGUGAAUGAUCGCCCAAGACAACAUUUCCCACACAUCAAAUUAUGAUAAUUUAAAAUGGAAUCUACAGUGUUUUAAAACCUCAAAUUAAAAUAUUCUUGAUUAAAUGCCUUUUAAUCUCUUUCUAAAACACAAGUUACAAAAAAUUUUGAUGUAAAUAGUGGUAACAAUUGAUCAUUACCUAAGUAUUGGUAUCUUCCACAAUUAAAAAGUGGCGUGGUCAAAUUUGGACUGAGCAACCUGAUGAUAAUGGAUGUUACUGGGAUGAGAAUAAAUGAUGCUCCAAUUGCCCAUACAAAUUUUGAUACACCUGCCUAUACACUGUCUACACUUACUAACUGAAGUGCCACUCUGUCUCACUGAAUGAAAAUACACAUGCUAACUUACAAAUGACUUAUCUUUAGGUCUGUAAAGCUAUUAAAUAACGCCCAAAUUUGUUUGAAUUAUAAUUAUUACACAGUUACACAUAAAAUGUAAUAAAAUGAAAAUAAUAAUAUAUUUUAUUAUUGAUUGAAUCUGUCAUAAUUUUUUAAACUUAUAUUUCUACUAUUGUUAUAAUCAUGUCACAUUUAGUUUGCAUAUACCUGUAUGUCACUUACAUUUUGAAAAUUACAAUUACUGUAUAUACUCGUGUUUAAGUCACACUGGUGGAUAGGUUGCAAUCUUAGUUUGGGGCUGUCAAAGUGAGUAUUUGCGGUUGACCAGCUGAUAAGUCACACCCAUAGUUUUGGGAGCUUCCGGAUUAAGAAGGUGCGACCUAUAUGCGAGUAUAUGCUGUAGGCAUUUUAAAUAAGAUGAGUUUAUUUGUAUUAAAAAUAGGUUAAUGAAUUGAAAGUUAGUUUGGAAAUUAUUCAUGUAAAUCUAGUCCUACUUUAAAUUUAAAUAAAAUUCUAAGUACUUUUUAGUCUUUAAUGAAUGAGGUAUAACUAUGUUAAUGUUGGUUCUUAUUAAUUAAAUAGUAUUUAAAAAAAAUUGAAUUGAUGUAUUUUAAAAUGAACUAUAGGAAUUAUAGGAGUUCAGUUAGCUUAAUAAUUAUUAUAUAAAAAUUUUUACAUCAGUAGUUUUCAAACCGGGUGACACUGAUACAAGUAUUUUACAUAAGAGAUAAAAAUACAUCAAAAUACUUAUUGGGGGAAAUUUACCUACAGAAUAUUGGGUAAUAAUAUUAAUAAUAAUUUGAAUGGUCCCUUCUACUCACCAACCAAUUUAUAAUUUUUCUAAAUACUUUCUUGUUUUUUCUAAAAUUUUUGCUUGAUGUGUAUCUCAAGAUUAAAAUUUUUAAAACUUAUGGUCUUUAAUAUAUCAAAUAUAGGGCCAACUUAUUUUUCAGUACUUACGGAAUUAAGCCAACAGGUUGCUUUUUUUUGUGUACUUAAUAUCAGCCACGUAGCUAGUGUAAUAUCAGCCACGUAGCUAGUGUAAUAUCAGCCACGUAGCUAGUGUAAUAUCAGCCACGUAGCUAGUGUAAUAUCAGCCACGUAGCUAGUGUAAUAUCAGCCACGUAGCUAGUGUAAUAUCAGCCACGUAGCUAGUGUUGGUGCCUCCCAGUUUGAAAAAAAGUUCUGUCCAGUCCGACCACCCUUCCCCAUCCAAUUUCCUACACCUCCUCUUAAUGUAGAAAUUUUUAAAAAAUUCGUAUAUCUGCGGUGAUAGUACAAUAGUGGUAAUACAAUAAUUUAGUAUAAUUUAAGUGUGUACAAUACUUAAAUUGUAGUCACAUGUGUACAAUACUUUAGUAGUAGUUAUGUGCGUACAAUACUUUAGUAGCCGUUAGGUGCAAUAUGUUUAAUUUUUUUCAAAGUAUUUUCAAAUUGCUUUGUUUUCAGAAACCGUCUUCACCAGAAACAGAAAAAUCACCUGAGAACCAUCAUAAUGGACCAGGUUUGGAGUUGUCUCCAGAUGAGGAAGAUAAAGAUGAUGAUGAUGAUUUAUUUAAAGGUAUUAAUGUGUUAAAUUGUUUUGUAUAAACCAAUGAAUACAGACAAAUUAAAUGUCCAUGCAUUCACUACAAAAGGUAAUUCCAAUGACAGUAAAACCUCAAUUUCUUCUUUGGAAGGUGGAAGCUCAGAGAUUAAGCUAGACUCUGAUGAAGAGAGUCAAGAGGAUAAUGACAAGAAGAUACCAGAUUCCAAACCUGCUGCACCAGCAGGUGCCAGUGCCAAAGAGUUCACACCUCAGAUAACAGUCUCACAGGCAAUAACCAAAACUAAAGUAGCAGCACCAUCGCUCAAAUCAGAUGAUGUAAGUUACAUCAACAUCUAGAGCAGAGGUUCUCAACCUGUGGGUCGAAUGACCUUUACACAGGGGUCGCCUAAGACCAUAGGAAAACUCAUAUUUAUGGAGUAGCAACGUAAAUUAUUUUGUGGUUGGGGGGUCACCACAACAUGAGGAACUGUAGUAAAGGGUCGCGUCAUUAGGAAGAUUGAGAACCACUGAUCUGGAGUGUUAAUUGUAUUUUAUAUAAGGUCACGUUAAACCUUAUGGGAGUUUAAAAGUUUUGUUUUACUAAAUUUAGGAUUUUUUAUUAGCUAAUCCUAAAGAUAAAAUAAAUUUUUUUUUUAGUAAAAUCCUUAGUGCUUCUUAGAAGUUAGAUAAAAAAAAAUUAACUGUUUAAAAAAAUAUUUUAUGUUUUUAGUUAAUAGACAGUUCUGAUGAUAAAGAAGUCUAUGAAAUAGACAUCAAGAUAACAGAGACCUUAAAAAUGGGUGAUGGCAUGUCAGCGUAUAUGGUUUAUAAAAUUAUUAGUAAGGUAAGUCUUUUUUUAAAAUUAUUUAUUACUAGCAUUUGACUUCAACCUUAUAUUGUAAGUUUAAGUGUUAGCCUUUUAAAUCUGUAAUUGAAAAGUAUUUCUUAAAAUAAUAAAAAGUAAUUUGAUAACACUCUUCUUAACAGACAACAAAUCCAGCAUUCAGGCGACCAGAAAAUGCUGUUCUUAGACGAUUCAGUGACUUUUUAGGCAUGCAUGCUAAACUAGCUGAAAAACAUGUGCCUUUAGGGAUUAUUGUACCACCUGCUCCUGAGAAAAGUGUAAUAGGUCAGUAGGUUCAAAUAGUGUCAUAAAGUCUUAUGGUUUUAUAAAGACUAAGUCAAAUGAAAUUUUUAUGUGUAUAAAAGUCCCAUCAAAACUGAUUGUGUAUAUAUUGUCUUGGCAGGAAUGACAAAGGUGAAGAUGUCUAAAGAAGAAUCAGGCUCGUCAGAUUUCAUUGAAAGGCGGAGAGCAGCUCUAGAAAGGUAAUAUUUUGUGGAGCAUGGAUUUGAUAAAUUUUAUUAUUCUUGAUUUGAUUGCCUACUGUAGUCUUACUAUUGUCUUUCCAUAGAGGAGUUAUUCUUUUCUGUCCAUCUCUCUCAAGCCUAAACAUAUCUUGUCCCACUAUUUAUUUUUUUAUACAGAAUUUGAUUUUUAGUUUUACAUUCAGUGUAAUAGUUUUAAACUUAUUAGGAUUGCAACUUUUAUAUAGGACCCAUUUUUUCCAAAAUUUAAGUUAAACGCAUGUAUAUCUGCAUGGUCCACUUAGAUUGGUCUGUUAAUGUUAAUAUAUUUUUUUUAAAAUAUGAUUUAAAAAACCUGCAAUAUAAUAAUAAUGCAGUAAGCAUCUCUAAUGUUAAAUUAUGAAAUGGUAACUGCUGAAUUAACGAGAAUAAGUUUUCUCUGGACAUGGUUUUCAGGUUUCUUAUUCGCACUGCAAGCCAUCCAACCUUGGCUAGUGAUCCUGAUUUUGUACAGUUUCUGGAGAAAGAUGGGGACCUUCCAAAAUCAACAAGUACAUCUGCACUUAGUGGGGCUGGAGUCUUGAGACUGUUCCAUAAAGUGGGGGAGUCUUUUGAGAAAAUUACCCUCAAAGUUGAUGAAAGUGAUGAGGUUGGUACAAAUUGUAUUCCAUACUUAUCAGAUUUCCCUUGUUAAAUUUUAGGACUGCUUAGUCACAUUAGAAUAAGAGGUGUAUCCAAUUGAAAUUAAUUGAUAUUUCCAAUUAGUCAUCUUUCAGAUUUGAGAUGUACCUAACCAAUUUUUUUUCCAAGUUAUCCCAUUUUUGAAUAGGCAGUAUCUGUGGAUUAAUAUUUAAAUAGUUUUGAAGUUGAUAGGUAACUUUAGAAUAUCUUCUACCUUUUCUGUCACACACUGAUAUUGUUUUAAGCACAGUAUAAAAAAUAUUAAUACAAACUGGUUGGUGUCUAAUGAUCAUAAUCAGCCAAAAACUUUCACAUGUAUUCAUUCAUAGCUUAAUAAUUUUGUACACAAAUGUUUUCUCUGGUAAUACAUAAUGUUUAACUUUGAGGCGUACAAGAAUUUGUAUUUUUUCAAAAUUCUUCUUUUAUUCAUGUUACAAUUUUGUAUCUUGAAAAUGAAUACCAAAAACACAGACAUACACAGUAAAUCUAGAGGGGGGGGAAAAUUCCACCCCUAUUUUUAUUAUGAUCAUGUUUCUUCUGGUCUAAUGUCUCAAUCUGUUUUACUGACAUUUUUUAAAAGAAAUUAAAAUUACAUAACCACGAGACUAACAACUGGAAGAAAUUACCAGUGAUUCAUUGCAAGUCACAUUACAUCUACUUCCAACACCAUUCUGCAAAGAUGCUAUGUUCUUGCAUCAUUUGAACUUGGCCUUGCUAGAAAUGUUCCCUUCCUUGUCUAUCACUGUUUUUGUCUCCCUCACCCACCACACAUGCUUGCAGUCAUGGGGUUUAUACCUCCAUAACUAUUUUUGCUCAAUCAUCCCACGAUCUCCUUCGGGCCAGUGGAACCAAGAGGUGGAGGUAAUGGUCAUUCUGUGUUGUUUUCUGUCCAUGUUUCUCAUUGUGACAAUUUCCAGCCAUGCAUUUGUACUGUUCUGUAGUUGGCCAACUUUUGACUCACCUUUGCUUGUUGGUUCUUUAAAUGUGUUAUUUUCUAAAUGUUUGUUGGUGGUGCUUAUUUGACUUGGUUGAUUGCGUUUUCAGUUUUUAAUUAUUAUUGUCUGUGAGUGUGCUAACAAGUGAAUGCACCUUGAUUUACAUAGUCUCUAAGUAAAGCAUUUCAACGUAGUUCAGACUGAUAAUCCCAUUACUUGUUUAGUUUCUAUAAUACUUAUGCUACAAACUAUGUUGUGCCUCUUAUGUGUUGGAAAUAAUUCACAUCAUCUAGAAUUAAAUUAAGAGAAGUUUAGGUAUAGGUUUUAAGUAAAUAAUUAUUAAGUCUUAUAUGAGUUGUUUAAUGGCAGAUAUCUUAUUUGUCUAAUAUUCUCAACUGAAAUAUAAAUAUUUUAGGGUUUAGAAAUGAGUCAGUAACCUCCAGCCAUUUAAGAAUCAAUCAUUUUAUCAAUUUUUGUCAAUUCUUCCUUUCCUAACCUCAUGAGAUAAAAAAAAAAGCAUGAUAAUAUUAGGCCUUAUAUUCUAAUUUCUUUGGAAUUUUUUUCAUGUUUAUUUCUUCUGUUGAUCUAUGGGAAAAAAAAUCUUAGUUCUCCAUUUAUUUUGAUUUUGGAUUUAGAUGUAUGCAUUUAUUUCAAAUAUAUUCCUUCUUAUAACCUUGUAUUAUUUUUUAUCAUAAGUAUGUUCUUAGUCUUAUUUAAAUUUUAAAUUAAUUAAUGCAUGCAGCAAAUUAUGGUUCAGUAUAAAAAUAAGAAUUUUCCAAAUGAAGUUAUUUGCUUGCUUUAAAAAUAAAGCAUGUUAUUACUAAUGUGUUCUUAGCUAUAUUUUUAUCACUAAGACAAUGCUCUAUUUCAAAAUGAAAACAUUUGUGUACAUAGAAUUUUAAAAAAUGAUACACAGUUUUACACAUUUAAUGUACUCGUUGAAAUAAGCGAGACUUAACUCCUUUGUCCAUAUAUUCAAAAAAUUAAUUUUUUUUGAGUAAAUUAGAAUCUUUCAUGUAAGUUAAUUUUACUUGUCAAUUAAGUAUACAUGUAUAGCAGGGGUCUCAAACUCAAAUCAUCCCUGGGCCGCAGGAGGUAGAGUUUGAGUGAGACUGGGCCGUAUCAAGUAUUCCACAAAAAAGCGAUCACAAAUUUAAUAAAGUACAACUGAUACAAUCUGCUCAACCUUUAUUAAUAACAAAUAUAAACAUUAAGGGUUCUCAAGAACUAGGCUUCACUUUCUUACUCCUUGUUGCCAGACCCCCUGGCAGCGCUUCUUCAGCUGAGCAACAUUUGGCUUGAGUGAGGAUGCAUCUGAGCCCCUCACUAUAACUUGAAGAUGCUCUUCAGUACGUUUGGCCCUGAACUUUGACUUGUUAAAGUUCAUAGUGGAAAAGAGCUUUUCACACAGAUUAGUACCGGUACUCCCAAAAAAAGGUACACAAUCCACUUGAACAACCUGCACAUCUCAGGGAAGGUGGAGGGCAAUGCUUUCAUAGAUUGUCCAUACUUGUCUGUUUUUCCAUUUACUUCCCUGAACUUAGAAUUGCACUGAAGAUCAAUCAGCUCCAUUUGAAGUGCAAAAAAAAAAAGUGUGGGGGGGGGAGGGGGGCAUCUUCAACAUUAAAGUGGAAAGGUCAGCAAAAAAUUGAAAAGUGGCUCUGUGUGUUUUGAAGUCUGCAAACAUGUCAUCAAAUUCUUCCUGUAGCUUUGCAAUGGCAUCACUAUGCUUACUACUGAAUGGUGUGCCCGAGUCCAUGAGUACUUUGCAUGUUGGGAAAUUGCAGAGGUAUCUCUAAGAACCAUAACACAAGUUUUGUGUAGAAUGCCCUGACAUUGUCAUAGGCAACACUGACAAGCUACCCCUGGUCUUGUUACUUCUUGUUGAGUACUUUCAGCUCCUGUGUAAUGCCAACAAGAAAAGCCAAGUCCCUGUGCCAUUUGGGAUCACUUAGUACAGGAACAACCACCCCAUACUUCUCGAUGAAGGCUUUAAAUGCUAAAAAGUGUUCAAACAUUCGGCGGGAGCAGGCAAUAUGUAUGAGUUAUUGAUGCGAAGGAAGAUGCUAUUGUAGGGAGAAUGAAUUUAGAUUUUUUUAUAGAAGAAAAGGCCUUUUUGUCUAACCCUAUUUUGAAAGUGACCAGGGUGACAUGGAAUUUCCCUCACUCGUAAUCACUAGCGGCAAUUUUAGUAGGAAUUCUUUGAUACUGUAUCCGAUUGCUACGAUUUACACAAUAAUGGUUGUGCAAUACCCAUCAACUUAUUUUUUAAACUUUUCUCAAAGCAACCUUUUGGCCAUGUUUGUCUCAUAAAAUGCUGUAAAAUAAAAAAACAACUUUUUAGUUAGAUUUUAAAAAGGUUUUAACCAUUAUAAUCAACGCCCAAAUCUAUACAAACAUAGUAAAAAUCAGAAUUUGACUAGUCGGUGAGAUUUGACUGAAACUGUCAGGAAGGGUCACAUUAUAGAUAUGAAAAUGGGGAAAACGCGCGGGCCACAUUAAUACUAAACUUUGCUGUCAUGUAGCGGGCCGCUAAAUAUGUCUUGUGGGCCGCAAAUGGCCAGCGGGCUGCGAGUUUGAGACCCCUGAUGUAUAGAAUGUAACACAAUAUCCUAAAAUGGAAGGUGAACUAAUUCAUUAUGUCGAAACUAGAAGAACUUUUAUGAAUCAUGUGUAUUGUUAUCCCUGUGGAAGUUUAUUAUAUAUUUUUAAAAAUUGUUUCUAUUCAUAAGUGGUUUGAGGAAAAGCAGCAGCAAGUUGAAGCCUUAGACAUUCAACUGAGGAAACUCCAUACAAAUAUUGAAACUCUUUCACAGCAUCGUAGAGGUAAGCUUUAUAUUUUUUUUACCAAUCCUAUUAUGUGCAUAUUUAAUAAAAAUCAUUGAAUUAAUUCUUUAAAAAAAAGCCUUCCAAGUACCAUUUUGAUGAUUAUAAAAAAAUACCAGUGUUUUUAGUAUAAAAUAUUUGUAAUAGAUCUUUGGUAAAGAGAUUGGUCGAUCAUAAGUAAAAUGUUAUCUCACAGAACUGAGCCUGAGCACUGCAUCAUUUGCCAAAAGUGCUGCAAUGUUGGGCAAUGUGGAGGAGCACACUGCACUUUCCAGAGCUUUGUCACAGUUGGCAGAGACGGAAGAGAAAAUUGAACUCCUGCAUAAAGAGCAAGCUGAGGCUGAUUUCUUUGUCAUGGCUGAGCUGAUGAAAGAUUAUGUGGCCCUGAUGGGUGCAGUAAAGGUUUGUCAUCAUGGUUUUUAAGAUAGAAAGUUUGAUGAACAUCUUAGUUUUAGAAACUACUCCAGGCCGCUGACGGAAGUGGCUUGUCAUAGCCUAGUCAUGUGAGUAAUUAAAUAUAUUUUUAUAAUUACAAAAACUCAAUCAGUCCAAUCUUUUGCUAUAAUAUUAGGACCAAAGGAGUUUUCCAAAGUCAUAAACAAUUAUUUUAGAAUGCAAUGUGGCUUAUCAUAGCCAAGUCAUGUGAAUAAUUAAAUAUAUUUUAUAAUUACAAAAAUUCAAUCAGUCCAAUCUUUUGCUUAUAAUAUUAGGACCAAAGGAGUUUUCCAAGGUCAUACAAAAUUAUUUUACAAUGCAAUAACAUAAUGAGUUUUAUUCAAUAUAUAAUCAAAGAAAAAACUUUUAAUGUGCAUUUGCAUAAAUAGAAAUGGUCUAACCAUAAUUUAAAGCACAAUGAAAAACACAAUUUUCAUAAUUUAUCAUACUUAGGAUGUUUUUCAUGAACGAAUCAAGACCUAUAAGCAGUGGAAGGAUGCAGAAACUACUUUAGGCAAGAAGAGAGAAAACAAAGCCAAACUUGAAAUGCAGAAUAAAUCUGAUAAAAUAAGUCAAGCUCAGGCUGAAAUUACAGAGGUUUGUUUCUCUUCAGUUUUAUCUCUGACAUUUUUUUUAUUCAUCUACCAAAAUACUGUCGAACCUGCUUAUCUCGACCUCGGUUAACUCGCUAACCCUGUAAUGUCGACGUUUUUGAAGUGGAACCGCCUAAUUAUCUCUUUGUCUUAGCAUUUUCUCCUCAGUUAUGUCAAUUCUUUUAUGUCGACGAACCCUGAUAUCUCGAGCACAAAAUGUAGCCAAAUUUGCGACUUAAUCUCGGUUAUCUCGAUCUUCAUGACCAACCACCGGCUUUUGAAAAAUUUUAUACAACAGAAACGUGCGUACUUCAAACUUUAUUAAUUGAAAUGAAAUGACAAUAUUAACUUGACGCGGCAAAAAGCAAGGAGCAAGAGGCUUGCAAACAAAAGCAAGGGGGCGCAGUACCUGUUCUAUUUAUAGCAAAGCCGCUUGUCGCUUAAUACUUAAUAGGCUUUCACGUAUUCAUACAGGUUGAUUUUUUUAAACCCAGAAUCGGUAUUUGAAUAAACUGAUAUGGCGUAUCCGGAGUGAGAGAAAAUAAAAACUGGUGAAUCCAGAGGGCUGUAAAAUAUUUAGCCUCAGGAAUCCGGAUUCCGGGAUAAUCUGGAAAAGUGGCACCCCACAUAUGCCUUGUAUUUUUAGCAAACAUGUAUGUACGUUUUUAUAGCAUGCAGAUCGCUUCAUCAAACGAAUUGCGGUGACGCAAAAAAAAAAAAUAAAAAUCUUGUGCAUGUACAUCUCAUUUAUAAAUGCACAUCGUGCACAUAAAGAAAUUUUAAGCACAUAAUGCCGCCAUAUUGGUUUUCUUUUAUCUCGAUCAUCGGUUACCUCAGCAUUUUUUGGCAAACCCUGAGGCCGUCGACAUAACUGGGUUCUACUGUACUCGGAUUAUAAGAUAUAACCAUUUUUAACCCUCGAACUGUGGCAUGCAUUAUAAUGUGGUGUGGAGCUUUUCAGAGUGUUUUGAGUGUCAUUUGAAAUUGCAUUCAAUGACAUAGAAAUAUUGAUACAAGACCCCAAUAAGUAUAUAUUUUUGGAAAGGUAAAUGAAUGGGGAUAAAGUUGGCCAUAUUGCCCACCCUGUAAAAAAUUUUAGGUCAAUGUCCUUGACCUUGGAGUGCUCAAGAAAAAAAAAAUUGACAAAAUGUCUUGCUUUCAAGUGCUCAUAACAUCAUUAAUUUUUAAAGAUAAACUUAAAACACAGAUCUUGUAUGUUGUAGCAAAUUCAUUUAUCUUUCAGAAAAUGUAUAGUUUGCUAAGGUUUUGAUUGCAACUAAACCUCUGAAAUCAAUUUUAGUUAUUUUGGGUCAUUUAUAUAAGAAACUGGGACUACUGCUAAAACCAAGUACAAAAUUAAAAAUCUCAGGCAAAAUAGUUAUUAUUGACUAGUAAACUUUUAAAAAGGAACUUUGGAACUGAUUUGGGUUGUUUAACUAUAAAAUUUAUUAGUUAUUAUCUAUAAUCUGUAGCUUCUUUGACUAAAAUUAAGUCAGUCCUUGCCCAAUCUCCGGGCCUGGCUCGAAGUCAAACAGUAGCCUCAAUAGGCCUACUUCAGUAUCACUAAGACUAGUAUCAGAUUCACGAAAAGAAGAAUCUGAAGUGAGAUGUCAUGAGGAAUGUUAAAAUCAUUAUCAGUAUCACUUAAAUCCUCUCCUAAAAAGCGUUUAAAAAUAUUUAUAUUAGUUAUCGCACCGAAGGCCCGGCUAUAGCUUCCGCCAAUUUAGCUUUAAAAAAAACCUACGAUUAAAAAGUAAUUAUUUUUAAGUUAUCAAUAAAAAGCUUGAACCGGAAGAGGAUUUAAUUAUUAAUAAAAGGAAGGGGCUAUAAUUCCGGUUAAAUAUUGGAUUGGAAGUUUCUAUCGGACCGUCUUUUUAAUCGGCCGAUUUUUUUCUGCCGCCACAGAAUGAGAAUAUCGGCCGAUUUUGUCGGCCGGCCUUAGUUCGAGGGUUAAGCUCUUUGUGCAUUGAACAUAAUGGAAACUAAAGGGUUCCAUUUUUUCCUUUUUAUUAAAAAUUAUUUUUUUUUUAAAUUGUCUCCAGUUUAGUAUUAUAAUAAAAUUAAGUUCUUACAAACGUAAUGGUUUUUAUAUCGUCACAUCGUCCUUACAUAUUUGAUUUUUUGUGUGCUCAUGUUGCUAUGAGAGAGUAAUGUCUUCAUGUACAAAAUUAAUACUUAUCAAUACUAAUGUGUUAGCUUUAAAAAAAUAUAACUACGGUAGGUGAACUCUUAUGAAAUACAGUAUCUAUGACAUGCACUGCAUUUGUUUUGUUAACUCUUUUGGUGCUGACCUUGACAAAAGUUUACAUAAGUUCUGGUUGCUGAGUCAACUAAAGUUUAGUUGACAAGAGGAAGAGUGCUGCUAACAGUAAAUAUAAAUAUCGCCUGGCCAUUCAAUGAAUUGAAUUGUGAGCCAGGCUACUAGCAGAGAUUGUGCAGCUGUGCUUUUGCCCAGCUCUACUCUGCAUGCACAAUGUAUACUAUAACCGUGCAGUGAAAAGUAUACAUAUUGCUUCAAGUGACAGUCAUAAUUUGUCAGUGUGUCGUCAUCAAAUAGAAGAGGAACCGCAGGAAAUAUUUCUGUUGAGGGUGUUAACUUUUGAGAAUAAUUUCAAACAAACCAGACUGUGGAGCAACAGGCAGACCAAGGAACACCACCAGUGUAACAUCUACUGCAAGCAUUGUAGAGUGGAUAUGUGUGCAGUGGUGUGUUUUGAAUGCUUUCAUACCAAGCAGAACUAUUGUUUGUAAACUGAAUUUUUGUUUAAAAAACUGUCACUAAAUGUUAAAAAACUUUUUAAAAAAUUAUGUAUUCAUUAGUGUUUAUUUGUUUUUUUAAAUGAAAAAUAACCACUUCAAGGCAUUGUAAAAAGUUUUGAUUUUUGUUGAAAAGAUUCAGCACCAUGAUUAUAGUUGUUUUUUUUAUAAAUAAAUAAAAUUAACAACAAAAGAGUUAGAGAAAAAAGAUUUUGUAAAUUAAUGAAAAGAUAACACAAUGAUUUUUUAAACACAUUGAAACAUUUAAUUGUUACUUAUUCUUUAAAAAAAGAUUUUUUUUUCCCCUCUAAUCUUUACAUUUUAAGAGUGCUUUAAUAAUGUUUCACUAUGACAUAGUGACUAAAAAAUUUUCUAAUGAAAUGGGUUUCUUCAUAUUUCAGUGGGAACAAAAAGUUGAAAAGGGCCAGGAGGACUUUGAAACUAUUUCCAAGAAUAUAAAAAAAGAAAUGGUCCGCUUUGAAAGACUCAGGGUCAGUGACUUCAAAGAAAAUGUGAUCAAAUACUUGGAAGUGCUGAUGGAAAAUCAGGAAAAGGUAACAUCCACCCCCCCCCCUCCCACCCAGCGAAAAAAAAAAAAUCACACGCAUGAUUUAUAUAUUAGCUAUUAUUAUUAUUUAUUAUCUCUCAUUAGCCACCACUCAGUUUCCAGUCAAUCCUUUGCUGAUGACACUCAAAUCAGUGACUCUUGCUUUCCUGAUCAACUUGAUGCCACAAUCCUUCGCAUACAGGAGUGCGUGGACGAUGUAAAGCGUUGGAUGACUUGCAACAAACUGAAGCUAAAUGAUGAUAAAACGGAAAUCCUUCUCAUCCACUCUCAAAACAAACCUCUCCCUCCAUUCGCUCCUUCUUCUAUAUCUAUUGGCAACUCUGACAUCACACUCUCUCCCUCUGCCAGAAACCUUGGAGUCACGCUUACGGACACCCUCUCCAUGGACAAACAUGUCACGAAUAUAUGCAGAUCAGCAUAUAACGAAAUUAGAAAAAUCAGCACCAUUAGACACCUCCUCUCCUUUGAUGCCACAAAAACUCUCGUCUCUUCACUCAUUCUUUCAAAAUUUGACUACUGUAACAUUCUUCUCUCAGGCAUUCCUCAACACCACAUAGAAAAACUUCAGAAGGCACAGAACUCAGCAUGCAGACUCAUUUUUAAAUUAAAGAAACAUGACCACAUUCAACCACACAUGCGGCAACUCCACUGGCUUCCAAUAUCCUCUCGCAUCAAAUACAAGUCUUCCAAUCUUUGCUUCAACUCGUUCACUGACCCUCACUUUCCUGUCUAUCUCUCUGAACUGUUGCUUCCUUACAUCCCCACAAGACAACUACGUUCUUCCAUUGACAGUAGAACCCUCUCAAUCCCAAGAACUAAAACUAAGACCAUCGGUGAACGCUCCUUCUGCUUCCAUGGGCCCACGUUCUGGAACCAGCUCCCCUUCCAUAUACGUCAUAGUGAAACCUCGUCCAUUUUCAAAAAGUCCCUUAAAACUCAUCUGUUUAGGUCCGCCUAUGACCUGUGAUGCACCCUCCUUGCCCUACCUCAUUUUCUGUUUCGGGUUGAUCCUGAAGUGUCAAAGUGUCCUCGUUUUAUAGCCAUUUUCAUUGUUUCUAUAGAAUAGUAGUUACUAUCCUAGUGUCUCAUUUUUAUUUUACUUAGUUCACAUGUUUUAAUAAUUGUAAAGCGCUUAGAGCUUUAUGAUAAGCGCUAUAUAAAAAUGCCUAAAUAAAUAAAUAAAUAAAUAUAUUGACACAUUCAGGAUUCUGGCAAAAACAUUUAUUCACCUGCUUUUGCACUGCGUUAUAAUUUUAUGUGGUUUUUUAAAUGAAGGUGGAUAUUUGCUCGAUAUAAAUGUUAGCUGGUCCAUUAAAAGUUUUGAUACUCUGCUAAGUGUAGAAAAGUGUAUCAUUUAUUUUUAUUUUUUUCCCCCUUUUAUCUUCUGUAGCUUGCAUUAAUUUUUUUUUUCUUGGGUUUCUCUAUGACAUUUAUUGAAUAUAUAAUGCUUAAGAUUUGCAGAUUAUACAGUAUUAUCUAACAAGACAGGAAAAAAACCAAAACAUUUGAUUUUUUAAUUGGUAAUUUACUUUACGCUUGUUUUUUUGGGGGGAUUCUAUUUUUAACGUGUGUAACAGCUGUUUCUUAUUUUUAUUUCCAGCUCAUUAAGUACUGGGAAAUGUUCCUUCCUGAGGCCAAAGCAAUAGCUUAAAGUAAGAUGUCCAGAUGAAAAGUUGCAAUGUUUGUCAGAGAUGCUGAAUGUGGUAUGCAAGCCUUGUUUGGGCCCUUGACCAACAAAUUUUUUUUUUUUUUUACGCUGGAGAAUUAUGGUUAUGUGAUUAUUUCCCGAUUUCCUGAGUUAUAAAAUAAUAUUUUUAAUGAAUUAAUUUAUGUGUAUUCCUUUAUUAAAAUUAUUUAAUGAAAAAUAUUUUUUUUUUCUGCAUUCUAUUAUUAAUUUAAAGAGCUGGGCAUUUUGAUAGUCAAAAAUAUUUAUUUGCUAAAAUUAAUCACAAAGAGAAUUAAAUAGUCACAUUUUUAAUUUAAAAACAAUAUUUUUCACUAAUUGUAAAACUUUUGAUUUCAAAUAUAAUUUUUUUUAAAGUCAUAAUACAUUCAUUGUUAGAAUGUAUUUGAAACUUUCCAUAAAAAAGCACACAUGUUGUUUGAUCAACAAAAUUGUCAUAUGCUUUUAUCUUCGUUUGUUUUAUUAAUGCUAUUUAUUGAAUAAGUCCAAUGUACAAAAAAUAAAAUAAAAAGGUGGGUAUUUUUUUAAAAUUCGAAUCAUCCCAUCUCUUGCAUGGAUGCUGUUAUCUUAAAAGUAUUUGUCAUUGCUACAUUGAUGUGGCAGGUUUCAUCCAUGAGCCUUGAGCUUAGUUUAGAUUUCUAGUUAAAAUUGUGCCAUCUUUCAUUUAAAAUGGUGUUGCCUAGCAGUAACAGCCAUUUGGUUCAGUUCACAAUUUUCCUCUUGAAAUGUUGAAAUCAAAUAUUGCAAAAGUUUGUAUCCUUUAAGGUCAUGUUAUGUGUUGCAUUUAGCAAAAGAUGCCAGUGUUGAGAAAGUGCUUUGCUUCAUUUUGAUUUACGAUCAUGGCUUUUCCUUGGGCAUGUAAAAAAAAAUGCUUUCUGUAUGGUACAUGAUGCUGAUGCCUCAAGGGGAGAUAAAAAAAAAAUGUCACACUUGACUAAAGAUACAGUCAAUGAUUAAAUGCUCAGUACAAUUUUUUAACACACUGCUACCAGCAGAGGUUCACCUUUUUAAAAAAAAAAAUUAUGUUUGAUAGAAUAUUACUACACAUGUAUGAUUUAUUUGCUGCAAUAGCUUUCCCUUCUUUGGGCUUGACAUCACAUGUUAUUUACAAAGUUUAUUGUUGCCAUCCAGUUUCCAUGUGUACAAAGAAACAUUAUGGUGUAAGCAUAUAUUUCACUUUGAUUUGAUAUUGUGAUAAUUUUUGAAGUAUGUAUGUUCAAAACUGUUAUGGGACUAUUUUUUUUUUUCUUCAUGUGCUUAUUUUUUUCCUUCUGUUUCUUGAAAUAGGAUCUAGAAUUUAACAUGAAACUUUCAAUGUUUUUCAGUCUCAAUUUAGCAAAUAAUGUCCAUUUAAUUAAUGAGUAAAGCGCAUCCUAAAUAAAAUUGGUUAUGUUCUUUAUCCAUUAUUUUUUUUUGGCCUAAAAAUGAUAAUUUAUUCAUUCCAUUGGCUGAUAUUUUUUUCUUAGGCGGAAAAAAAACUGUGACUUGUUGAUUAUUUUGUAUGUUGUAUUGUAUUCUAUAAUAAAAAGAAAAAACAUAAUACAUCUUUUACACCUUUUUAUUUUACAUUUAUUUUAUGAGUUUAAUUUAUCCAUAAGAAUGUUUAAUUAGUUUGCAAAUAUAUGUGUGUUGUUCCUAAAUUUCUUUAAUAAAAAAUGGUUCAAUUUAGAAA